GAACGAUGCAAAGCUGUCAAAUCAGCAGUAGAGAAUACACAUAAACCCAUUGCCUUCAAAACCUGUUCGCUCCAUUCACAACAAUCCAAAACAAUGGAAAAUGAAUACACUCUGGAGGAACUCGCACGUCUGGCUCAGGAGAAGAUCAGUCUCGGCGAGAAGCUGCUUCAAGAUCUGGCCAAUCUGAUGGACUCCGUCGAUGGGGUACGAAAGAUAUCGAAGAAAAUCAGCCAGGAGUUAAAAUUCUUGCACAAGGUGAAAAGCGCUAAAACAAUCACGAUAAACCACAUUCUGUGCAGCAAUUUAACACAUUUUGCCUGCCUGGUGCAGUGUCUGCUGGGCUGUGAAAACGUAACGCAUGUGGACUAUCCGCUGUCCCUGGAGGAUCGUGGCUCGAAGCUUCGUGUGGAUAUUGUAGCGGAUGGUGGAGCCACCUGGAUCAAAGUGAUUGCCCGCAACCCAAAGUCGCUGAGCGAUGGAGUUCACGGGCGCACCAGCUACGGUUCGAAAAGUAUCGUCGAACAGGCGGAAGAAUACGUCGAGGCGGCCGAAGCGAACCCACAUCUGUUCAAACCUCCACGGGUUGUUUUUCGGUUCUUGAGUAAAAUAGACGACGAGCUGGUUGAUGAACUGGAGCGAGUGGGCGUGUUUGUUCUGGUGCUGCAAACCUCCCAACCGGUACCGAAAACCGAGACAACGGCUAUCAGCAAGCUGAAUCUCGACAUCACUACACUGAUAGCAUACGUGAGUGCAAUGACAAAUGGUUCCUCACAUUGGGAGUAUAACGAACCGCUGCUAACCGAGCAAGCCCAAUGGGAACGGGAGAAACCGAUCAAACCACUGCUUGACCAACUGUUCCACGGGAAGGAGCUCAUUUGCUGCGAAACGGCUGUCAGUUCGUUCAAGGAGAUUCUGUCCAUUCUGGGUGGCGUAAAGGAAAAGGUGCGGGCGGAGGAAUUGUUUAGCAGAGUGACGGUGCUUCCCGAUGUUCCUCUACCAGAGGAAAUGAGACACAUUAGGGUGGGUGGGAAAAUUAAACCACGUAGUUUGCAGGUGUUUGCCUUCGGGUUGAUACACGAAGCUAUCACGGUUACGUCGAACGAAGGUUUUGUACGGGCGGCCCGAAUGCAGGGACUCGAGGUUCCCGUGUUUGUGCACGAUGCCAGGGCGCUGACCGAGGAAAAAGAAAAAAGUGCUAAACUGCUGGAGGAAUAGAAGCGCAUAUGCUUCCGUUGCAAGCUGUAACAUAUAAAAUUCUUGUGAGUAUUGAGGGAUUGCACCAUUGUGAUUUGCAAAAUUGUGUUCAAUUGUGCUAGGAAAAUAAACUGAAAACGGAAGGAAUAUCUCGGAUGUGGUCACACUUCCAUUUAGUGAU